CAAGCUCGGACAAUAAAUAAGCUUAGUCAAUUGAACAGCUAAGCGAGCAAGCAGGAAACGGAAGGGAAGGGAGGCGGCAGCACGCAGCCUGAAUCGAGCCAUCGCGCUUCGUGACUCCUGACUGAGCGAGGGGGCGGCGAGGUCGGGAGGCCGGAGAGUGAGCAAGAACUCUUCAUGGCGACCGGGAACCUGGGGAGCGUGGUGGUGGCGGUGGACGGCAGCGAGGAGAGCAUGAACGCGCUGCGUUGGGCGCUCGACAACCUCCGCCUCCGCCCCGAUGGCGCCCUCGUCGUCCUCCACGUCCAGCCGCCGCCCAGCAUCGCCGCCGGCCUCAACCCGGCACCCAUCCCCUUCGGCGGGCCCAGCGAGGUGGAGGUGCCGGCGUUCACGCAGGCCAUCGAGGCGCACCAGCGGCGGAUCACGCAGGCAAUCCUGGAGCACGCGCUCAAGAUUUGCUCCGAGAAGAAUGUGGAUGUGAAGACAGAGGUGGUGGUGGGGGAUCCAAAGGAGAAGAUCUGCGAGGUGACGGCCAACCGCAACGCCGAUCUGGUCGUCAUGGGAUGCCGUGCUAUUGGGCCGCUCAAGAGGAUGUUCUUGGGAAGUGUGAGCAACUACUGCAUCAACCAUGUGAGCUGCCCUGUUGUUGUAAUCAAGGGAACCUGAGCUACUUUCAAAUCAGCAUUCUUUGAUGUACUUCAUUUCAAGCUCUGAGGUUGCUAUUGUGCUAUUUGUAAUCCUGUACAAUAUCACUGCACAUUUCGCAUUGCUAUUGCUGCUGAGGGAUGAGGGUUGCUCUGUGGUCUCUGCAUUGUAAAGGGAAAAUUGUAUUUGUUGUUUUUUAAACCAAAAAGUGUAUUGAUUGUGUAAUCGUGAAAAUAAGGAUCUGUUUGUUUUUACUGUGGAUUGUGAGGUUCUGUAUUGUGGAUUGUAGAAGCUAUUUUGAGGUGGAUUGUGGAUUGUGUCACAAUCUAGGUCUGGAUUGUUACAAUUUGCUUUCAGAAUUUGUUCAUUUGUUUGCAUAAUCUGAUUAUGAGCACAAUCCAGAAUCCCAAAAAAAUAGGGUCUAAGUCUGCCAUGCAGCAGUUCUGUAUACUCUCGCACUUGUUGGAGACACGGUGCUGUCUGAACUCUGAAGUCUGAACAUCACAAAAUUGCCAGAAUUCUGUUUUCCUUUUUGAUAUAUUGUCACAUUUUAUA